CUCAAAACAGACUAGCUCCGACUGGCAGUUUCUCGGCAGCCAAACACGAUAAAGAAAAAACCCGAAUCCGAAAUGGCGGAUCUGAUAUCGGUACAGGCACCGCCGAGAUCGGCGGCGGACUUCUUUUCGGACCCUUUGGACACCCACCCGCUCUGGUUCAAGCCCUCGCUCUUCCUCUCGGCGACGUUCGACUCGGAGUCCUACGUCUCGGAGCUCCGGACCUUUGUUCCCUUUGAUACGCUCCGAUCUGAGCUCCAGGCGCACCUGGCGGCUCUCCACCAUGAGCUUGUCGACCUGAUCAACCGCGACUACGCCGACUUUGUCAACCUCAGCACCAAGCUCGUCGACGUCGACGCGGCCGUGGUGCGCAUGCGGGCCCCGCUGGUGGAGCUCCGGGAGAAGAUUGAUCAAUACCGGGGCUCCGUGGAUCGCUCGCUUGUGGCCCUCAAGAACGGGCUGAAGCAGAGGUCGGAGGCCGCGUCGGCGAGAGAGACCCUCGAGCUUUUGCUCGACACGUUUCACGUGGUGUCGAAGGUCGAGAAACUAAUCAAGGAACUACCAAGUGUGCCUGCUGAUUGGUCAAAUGGGGAUGUAAACUUGGCAGAGAGGAAUUCUAUGAGCAAUGGGGUUUCUGCUCCACUAGUUGAGAAUGGGACAAAUCUCAGAGAGACUCAAAGCAUGCUUUUGGAGAGAAUUGCCAGUGAGAUGAAUCGGUUGAAAUUUUAUAUUGCUCAUGCACAGAACCUGCCUUUCAUUGAAAACAUGGAGAAGAGGAUUCAGAGUGCUAGCCUAUUAUUAGAUGCAAGCUUGGGACAUUGUUUCACAGAUGGGCUUGAGCACCAGGAUGCGAAUGCAAUUUACAAUUGUUUACGUGCUUAUGCUGCCAUUGAUAACACUAGGAGUGCAGAAGAAAUUUUUCGUUCAACUAUAGUGGCUCCAUUGAUACAGAAAAUUAUUCCACAUGACAUGUCAGCGGUGGUUGCAGGAUCAUCCAGAGAUGAGCUUGAGAGUGAUUAUCAGCAAAUCAAGCAAUGUGUUGAUAAAGACUUCAAAUUCUUACUGGAAAUUUCUUCUACUGAAAAUUCAGGUUUGCACGUGUUUGACUUCUUAGCCAAUUCCAUCCUUAAAGAGGUUCUCUCUGCAGUCCAAAAGGGAAAACCAGGUGCUUUUUCUCCAGGAAGACCCAAGGAAUUCUUGAAAAAUUACAAAUCAAGUCUAGAUUUCUUGGCACAUCUAGAAGGGUACUGUCCGUCCAGAUCUGCUGUUGCUAAAUUUCGAGCAGAAGCUGUUUAUGUUGAGUUCAUGAAGCAAUGGAACAUUGGGGUUUAUUUCUCUUUGAGAUUUCAGGAAAUAGCAGGGGCUUUAGAUUCUGCACUUACAGCUACCAGUCUUGUGCCUGUUCAGAAUAUACAUUCUGGUGAAGGAAAGUCUCUUGAAUUGACUUUAAAACAAAGUGUUACUCUUUUGGAGAGCUUGAGAUCCUGCUGGAGGGAAGAUAUUCUUGUCCUUUCUUGCACUGACAAGUUUCUUCGCUUAUCUUUGCAGCUUCUUUCAAGAUACUCAAGUUGGUUGUCAUCUGGACUGGCUGCUCGCAAAAUGGGUAAUACAGGCUCCAGCUCUGGAUAUGAAUGGGUUGUUUCAGCUGUGCCAGAAGAUUUUAUUUAUAUUAUUCAUGACGUAAAUUGUCUGGUGAAGGAGGUUUGUGGUGGCUACCUGGAACGAGUACUUGAACUUCUGUCUUCAUGCUCUGCUGAUGUUCUUGAUUCAGUAAAACAAAGCAUUUUACAAGGUGGAAGAUCAUUGAAAGAUUUAAUACCUCUGGUUAUUAAUACAAUAAUAGAGGCACUGGUUGAGAAGUCUGUUGAGGACUUGAGGCAGUUGAAGGGAAUAACUGCAACUUACAGGAUGACUAAUAAACCUCUUCCUGUCAGACAUUCACCCUAUGUGUCAGUUGUAUUGCGACCCCUGAAGGCUCUUUUGGAUGGAGAGCGAGCUACAGCAUACUUGACAAGGGAAACUAGGAACGAACUACUGCUUGGUGCUGCAACUGAGAUUACUGGUCGUUAUUAUGAAUUAGCUGCCGAUCUUGUCAGUGUGGCUAGGAAAACAGAGUCUUCACUUCAGAGAAUACGACAAGGGGCACAAAGACGAGCUGGAGCAAGCUCAGAUGUGUCGGAUCAUAAUGUGUCCGAUACUGACAAGAUCUGUAUGCAAUUGUUCCUUGAUAUUCAGGAGUACGGCCGCAACCUCUCUGCCCUCGGGGUGGAAGCAGCCAAUAUUCUGGCGUACCGUUCCUUGUGGCAGUGUGUUGCCCCUCCAGAUAGGCAGAGCAUGAUUACUUUUUAGAGCGUGGCCACCUAGCUGUAAGCCGCUAGUAGAUGUACUGUUUUCUUUUGAGUCAAAAAGAAUUUCACAGCAAGUUGAUUUUGUUACGAAAUAAAUUUAUUGUAAUAGUUGGUUCUUUGACAUUCUGUGCAGUGUUCUUACAAGGUAGAGAGGCUUAAGUACUUGGAUUGAGGAGAAAAUUUUUGUACCAAAUGUUUUAAUGUUUGUUCAUGAUGUCUAUGUUCUGUAAAAAUCAAAGGAGAAAGCUCAAUUUCAGAUUA